UGUAUUCAGCUAUUUGUCCUUUUUCGAAAUAGUGUUUCACAGUUCCGAGAGGCAGCUGGGAGCCAUAGACAGCAACAUACCUAAAAAAAAUUAGGAUUGAUAUAAAAACUAGGAACACAAUCGAUAGGCCGGUUAUUAUUUAUAUUUUUGAUAACAUUACUUACAAAAUGGAUUCGAAACGCGCGGCUAUGGAAACCGGCGACGGUCCGGACCAAAAACGCAUGGACAUCGUCGCGGAUCGGGAUAUGCCCAAGGUUCCAUCGCCGGGCGAUGGAAGCCAGUUGAAUCUGGGUAAACAUGUGGUGCCCUACACGGGCAACGGAUGCACUCCCUCGCUAGAAGCCUUUUUGUUCGAGGCGACUCCUGCCGGGAGCCUACUGCUUCCGUGUAAGUCUUUAGCGGAGGGGCCGACUUCCGAGAACGAUGCGGAGCUGGAAAAAAGCGAAAUUAACAAAAAGCCUGAAACCACAAAGAUGUCUCGCCGGGAGGUGGCCAAGCACCGUCGCGAGCACACCCUAAAGGCUCUGGCCCUGGAGCGCGAGCUGACAAACAGGUCGGGUCAGACACCCGAGUCCGUGGUGCUGAUCAUCCGCUUUCCCGACCCAGAGAUCUCGGCUCCCAUGCUGGCCGGUUUGUCGAAGGAUAUUCGCGACGUUGUGCUGCCCACCAGCGUGGCACCGCGCUACUGCCUGGCGAAGCUAAAAGCCGGUGUCGACAUCGAUGCCACCAUUCGGGAAAUCAACAAGGUGCGUUUUGGCACCGGAUUCCUGCAGGCGGAGCACAAGCCGUUUUCCGACGAGGAACAGGCCGAGUUCAUAGACCCCUGCUCGCUGUACGUGAGCAACAUACCCUUCAACAUGACCACCUCGGCCAUCAAGGCCUACUUUGCCAACGCCAUGCGCGUUGAUAUCGGAGUGCUGAAGCGCGAGAAGCGCGCUCGCUACGCCUUCGUGCGCUACGCCUCGCCUGACCAGACCGCAGAGGCUUUCAAGGAGUUGGUGAACUCUCCACUUAACAGUCGCACACUCACAGUCCGCUACCGCCGCCUGCGCAAGCGCGCCGGCUUGCCCACAGUGCAGUGCACGGGCUCCUACCAGGUUUCCUCGCCGAGCGCUGACGACGAUAACACCGACUGCAAGGUCGUAACUCCACCGCCCGUGGAGUCGAUCCUCAUUAGCGACAGUGACAACUCAGAUUCCAGUGGUGAUGGCAAAGGCAAGAGGCGCCGAAAGAACAAGAUGACCGAGCAGGAGAAGGAAAUACAGAAGCUCAAGCUCCAGAUGGCCGAGUACGGCGCCAUUAUAAAGAACUUGCAGCUCAUGCAGAACAAUUUGGGAGACUCAUUCAUUCCCGAUUUCACGGCUAAAUUAGAGCCGUGCGUGAAUCCAUCAUCUUGUAUACUAGGAUCCAACGCGGUCCACAUAAUGCGGGACAUCAAGACGGAAUGUGCCUACUUGGGAAUCCCCGAUAGUGGCAGCCCGGUUCCCGUGAUGGCUGCUAAGCCUACCUCGCCACUUCCAGACGGCAACCGAAAGAGAGAUAAAACACCCUGUUUCGGCUGGCCGUUUUCAGGUCCCUUCAGACGACGCAAGAGUGCCAAGCAGACUGCUGACAAGAACGAGGUUCUACGGACCUCGCCGGAGAAGGACGACAGACUCGAGGAGCUCUACGCUCAACUAGAAUGCGAUCCCGAUCCUUAAGUUGUCUACCAAAUUACUCGUCGUAGGCGACUCCUAAAAUAAUAAGUUAUCUUUCUUUUUUGGUA